CGUGGAGUGUGAGAGGCGCUCAGAGAGACUCAAAACAGUGAGGCGGAGCUGGGAAUGGAUCAGCGACUGAAGCCUGACUUAACUCAGAACCUCCACACACUCGCUUACAAGAGCAGGAAAUUCCCCGGCAGAUAAAGCCCAGGAGGGGCGUCGAGCGCGUCCUAAGGCUAACCAGCUAUAUGAGGAGGAUAGAGAGGCUUGUGACGGAUCGGUCCGGACUCGAUAUCAGGACGGGCAGUAGAGGAGCACAAAGCCGGUGGAUUGUCUCUGGAGCGGCUGAGAUCAGCCCAGCCCCCCCCCCACACAUAUACACACACACACACACACAACCGGCCUGCUGCUCUUAGCCUGUUGCUGCAGUGAUCUCAUCAUAACAGCCCUCGCAUAUCUCACACAUCUCAGCGACAUACGCGUCUGUAAGUAGUUUCGAGUUGUUUUUGUCUUUGUUUAGAGGCUGGCUUGUGUGUUUUGUAGCGGUUGGUGGUCUAUAGCGCUCUGCAGCUGGCUAAUCAGUUAGCUGUAGCAUACCGUCGUGUGUACAGUAGCCUCACUGGCACGAUGUAGUUUGAUUAUUGGACCUCAUUUUAUUAUUACAAGACAAAACAUGUGUGAUAAAAGAGCGCGUGACAUGAAUCAACAAGUUUGGCAUAUUUAAACUCCGCUUCUUCUCCAUGCUAACGCGGAGUCACUUAACGUUAUUCCGAGCGACAUAAUCUCGUGUAACUCGACGAGGAGCUGUUUAUGCUGCAAAACUGUGUACGGCACAUAAAAUAUGUGUUUUAUUGACUUCACGCGGCUUAUGUUGAACCAAACUGAAUCUGCUGAGUAACUCGGCUUGUGUAUGAGGAGAUAUUUAAUGGAAGGCUGACUGGACUGAUCAUCUGGUUGUCCCCUGCUAUCAUUGGAGUUAGUGUACAUUUGCAGGAGAAUCGUUCGCACAGGGACUUUUAUUUGACUGGUUUUGGUGGAUAAAGCCUGGGAGUUAGACGCGCCAGGACCAGCCUGGAUCCCCAUCAUUUGGCUGCUUGAGUGAGUCCCCAAUGCGGAGGGGCUGAGUGCUCCGGGACAUGCUGAAGUGUAUCCCGCUGUGGCGGUGUAACCGUCACGUUGAGUCCGUGGAUAAGCGGCACUGCUCGCUCACUGCGGUUCCCGAUGAGAUAUACCGCUACAACCGCAGUCUGGAGGAACUGCUCCUGGACGCCAACCAGCUGAGAGAGCUGCCCAAGCCUUUUUUCAGACUGCACAAUUUGCGAAAGCUGGGCCUCAGUGACAAUGAGAUUCAAAAAUUACCACCCGACAUUGCCAAUUUCACGCACCUGGUGGAGAUGGACAUCUCCAGAAAUGAUAUUUCUGAGAUUCCCGAAAACAUUAAAUUCUGUCAGGCCUUGGAGAUUGCAGACUUCAGCGGAAACCCCUUGUCCAGGUUGCCUGAUGGCUUCACACAGCUCAGAGGACUGGCUCACCUAUCACUCAAUGACGUGUCGCUGCAGUCUCUACCCAAUGACAUUGGAAACUUGUCAAACCUGGUGACUCUAGAGCUGAGGGAGAAUCUACUGAAAUCUUUGCCCUCCUCUCUUUCCUUCCUGGUUAAACUGGAACAGCUGGAUCUGGGAAGCAAUGUACUGGAAGUUUUGCCUGACACACUUGGGGCACUGCCCAAUCUUCGUGAGCUUUGGUUGGACAGAAACCAGCUCUCCUCACUACCUCCUGAGCUGGGGAACCUGCGGCAGCUGGUUUGCUUGGACGUGUCAGAGAACCGUCUAUCAGAGCUUCCCACAGAGAUCAGUGGCCUUAUCGCCCUCACAGACCUGCUGCUCUCGGAGAACCUCCUGGAAGUCUUGCCGGACAGCAUUGCUCUCUUUCCUUCCUGGUUAAACUGGAACAGCUGGAUCUGGGAAGCAAUGUACUGGAAGUUUUGGUUGCAGAAUUUACCGUUCGCAUUGGCCAAUCUGAACCUGAAGGCCAUGUGGCUGGCAGAGAACCAGGCUCAACCCAUGCUGAAGUUCCAGACAGAGGAUGAUGAGCGGACUGGAGAAAAAGUUCUCACCUGCUACCUGCUGCCUCAGCAAACCUCAUCGAGCCUUGAGAAUCUACUGGACAGGAGUGUCGAUGAAACCUGGCCCACAGACACUAAUUUGAACAGGGUAUCGGUCAUUCAGUUUCAGGAUGACUCUAAACACGAAGAGGAAGAUGAGGAGACUGCGGCAGAAAAGAGGCAGGGUCUUCAGAGGAGAGCCACACCACAUCCCAAUGAGUUAAAGGUGAUGAAGAAUGUCAUUGAAGCCAGAAGAAAUGAGGCUUAUACAGCCAAGCCAGAUGAGGAUGUGGAGUCCCCAGACUCUGAGGAGAAACGGUUGAGUGGGCUGUCCAAUCAAAGUCAUGAUUCUCAGACAUCCAGUAGCACCGCCUCUCAGGAAGAGAAGCGGGGUAUCAACAAUACAGGUGUGGAGAUUAAUGAUGGACAUGGUCAAGAGGAGGAGGAGCUGGGUGAGAUGGAGGUGGAGUAUACUGAGCCUACUGUGCACUUUGCUGAAGAGCCCAUCAUCCGUGGCAGUGAUGAGGAGGAAGAAGAUGAAAAUGAAGAAGACAAUGAAGAUGCGGAAAGGAGCAAUGAGUACUCUCGAAUGCCACAUUUUCCUGCAGAGAAACAGCGGCUCAUACGUAAAGACACACCACACUUCACUUCUAGAAGGAAUGCUGGGGUGUCAUUUGAUCAAGUCAAUAAUCUGCUGAUUGAGCCUGCUCGAAUUGAGGAGGAAGAGCUGACCCUGUCUAUCCUGAGACAGACCGGUGGGUUAGGCAUCAGCAUAGCAGGGGGGAAAGGAUCUACACCCUAUAAGGGUGAUGACGAGGGUAUUUUCAUCUCUAGAGUGUCAGAAGAGGGCCCUGCAGCUCGUGCUGGAGUCAAAGUGGGAGACAAACUUCUUGAGGUGAACGGAGUAAACCUGCACGGAGCGGAGCAUCACACAGCUGUCGAGGCCUUGCGCAACUCUGGGGCAGCCGUGGUUAUGACCGUUCUGAGGGAACGCAUGGUUGAACCAGAGAACGCAGUCACCACCACGCCAUUGAGACCAGAAGAUGAUUAUUUCCCCGGGGAGAGACGGUCCAGUGGGCUGCCUUUCCUCCUGGACCCUGCCUCACCUGCUGUCAGCACUGGUCCUACGCUGCAACUAGCCACUUGUCUGGUCCGCAACGAUAAAGGUUUAGGGUUCAGCAUUGCUGGAGGGAAAGGGUCAACCCCGUACCGAGUAGGAGACACGGGAAUCUUCAUCUCUCGUAUUGCUGAAGGAGGAGCUGCUCACAGAGACAAUAUCCUGCACAUGGGAGACAGGGUCAUAUCAAUCAAUGGUGUAGACAUGACAGAUGCCAGACAUGACCAGGCAGUAGCGCUGCUUACCGGCACUUCCCCCACCAUCACCCUCCUGGUCGAACGGGACCAGGCCAGUGCAGGGGGCGCCUCCCCUCGAACUCGACCUCAUUCGCCCCCUCCUCCAGAGCCAUCUGACUCGCCUGAGCAAGAGGAAGGAGAUGAGCACCUUGGAAACCAUCUCAACUGCCCCAUGGAAGAUGAAUACCCCAUUGAGGAAGUGACCCUGAUCAAAGCAGGUGGUCCCUUGGGUCUGAGCAUUGUAGGGGGUAGCGACCAUGCCAGCCACCCUUUUGGAAUUAAUGAGCCAGGGGUGUUCAUCUCAAAGGUCAUCCCCAAUGGCUUGGCCUCUGAGAGUGGACUUCGCGUGGGCGAUCGUAUAUUGGAGGUGAACGCCAUCGACCUAAGACAUGCCACACAUCAGGAAGCUGUUAGAGCCCUGCUAUCCAACAAGCAGGAGAUCCGCAUGCUUGUGCGCAGAGAUCCCUCGCCCCUUGGCAUGCAGGAGAUUGUCAUCCACAAGCAGCCUGGAGAAAAGCUGGGCAUCAGCAUCAGGGGCGGAGCUAAAGGCCAUGCAGGCAACCCCUUUGACCCCACAGAUGAGGGCAUCUUCAUUUCCAAGGUGAGCUCCAGCGGUGCUGCUGCACGAGAUGGCCGACUGCGGGUGGGCAUGCGUAUUCUUGAGGUGGGCAACAACAGUCUGCUGGGUAUGACACACACGGAAGCAGUGAGGGUUUUGCGUGCUGCCGGUGACUCCUUGGUCAUGCUUGUGUGUGAUGGCUUUGACCCAAGAAACGCUGCAGGCAUAGAGGCAUCCCCUGGUGUUAUUGCGAACCCGUUUGCGGCAGGUAUUGUUCGUAAGAACAGUAUGGAGAGCAUCUCAUCAGUAGACAGAGACCUGAGUCCUGAAGAGAUUGACAUCAUGCAGAAGGAGGUAGAGAUGGUGAGGGAGACGUCCCAGUGGGAACGGGAGGAGAUGGAAAAAGUGGAGCGUAUGCGCUUGGAGCGCGAGAAGGCAACUCGUUUGCUGGAGGAGGAAACUGAGAAUUUGAGCACUGGACCAUUGAAACUGGACUACAAGACACUGGCUGCUCUUCCUACCACUAGCCUACAGAAAGUUAAUAGAUCUUCACCGUCUGAGCCUCACAUGAUUGACAGUCCUGUCCGAGAUGCUGCAUACUCUCCACACAACUCACAGUCAAACAUUCAUUUCCCUUCAAAUGCAAACACCAAGGAUAAUACAUCAACUAAACCUGGUGCCAUCCAGCCUCUCUCUCGGGGGCGACCCCCUGUAUCUCCAGCCAGUCAGGAUGGCCACAGCAGUCCCAACCCUUUCCAGCAUGGCCUCUCUCCCAUCAGCUCUCAGACCACUCCUAGUGCCCCAUCCCCUGACACACAUGAGGAAUACCCCAUCAAUAUCAAGCAGGUAUAUAAGGCCUUCGCAGCUGUGCCACACUCCCUGGCUGUACUGGAACCCCCACAGGAUCUUUACUCUCCACGGAACAAUUUCAGCGCAAAGCAACCAUCACCAGAGCCUGAGCUGAAUAAUGAGGUGUUUGUGGAUGAGGCUGAGGGCAGUGGUCCUCUCAGGCCUCAUCCCUCUCUCUCAUCUGACCGCCACGAGUACAGGAGCCUGGCAGCCGUGCCACGCUUGUCUCGCCCCUCAGUGGAGUUGAAGACCCCCUCCUCUAUUGGCAGAGAUGGCCCAGAGCAGCGCUCCUUCAGAGACAGGCAGAAAUAUUUUGAGAUUGACGUGAAGCAGCAGACACCAGACAAACCCAAACCUCGCAUCUCACUUGUGGGAGAAGAUGACUUGAAGAAAAUGAAAGAGGAAGAAGCAAAGCGAAUUGAACAAAGGACACAAGAAUAUAUGCUGGAUGAAGAUGAGGAGGAUGAGGAGGAAGAUCUGGCGAAGCAGGUGGCAGAUAUGAAGGCUCACGGAAAGGUUGUCCUUGAUGGUGUGGAGUACAAGGUCGAGAGCUUAGGAAGCCACAGUUCCCCAUCUCUGAGGCAGUGUGCCACACCUCCCAGCCACUGUGGCAGCUCAGGUCCCUCCUCCGUGGACGGUAAAGGAGACUCUCAGCGGAAUUCAAUGGAAGACAGCUUCAGACUGGAACAGAGACCCAACUCCAUGACGGGUUUGAUCCCAGUUUAUCCCAGUGAAUCUGUGGCUCCCAUUCGGACGGCCAAAGCAGAGCGUAGGCAACAAGAGCGAUUACGCAUGCAGAGCCCGGAGCUUGCUGUCGUCCUGGACAAGGAGCUGUCGCCUGCUGAAAAACGAGCCCUGGAGGCAGAGAAGAGGGCCAUGUGGAGAGCAGCCAGGAUGAAGUCUCUAGAGCAGGAUGCUUUGAAGGCCCAGAUGGUCAUUGCCAAGUCUAAAGAGGGGAAGAAGCGUGGCACGCUGGAUCAGCUGUCAGAGUCGCCGUCCCCUGCGCCCACACCCUCUCCAACACCAAUGGAAGAUAUCAGUCCACGGGCAGUGACUUCACCAGGCAGACUGUCCCUGUCAGAAAAGAAGUUUGACUACCGACAAUUUGCUGCCAUUCCUUCUUCCAAACCUGUUUACGACAUUCAGUCUCCUGGUGCAGGUGGUGAUGUGCACUUCAUGGAUGAUAACCCAGUGUCUGUUGUAGAUCCAGAAGUUCCUGUGGCCACCACAUCUGCUCUAGAGGAGAUGGCUCUCUACAGUAACAAGCGCAAACUACGACAGGGCCGCUGCAGCCUGGAGGCUCCAGUGCCCACAUAACUGUACACUCACACACUAAUGCAUCUGAACUGUGAAGAUAAAACACACAUAGUGAUCAUCUAAUGCUAAGAGAUGCCACACAUGGCUUAGAAUGCUCUGAAAUACACAUUGUUGACAGAUAUUAAACCACUCUUAUUUCAGUGCCCACAACACAGGUUGGGAGGUGAGUCUCCCAAACGCUAGUCUUGCCAUUUCAGUUGAAAAGGGUUGCUCCGAUUUUACUAUGGGAGGCCCAGAGGAUGGCUGAUUGAUUUACCUAUUUUACUGUUUUUCUGUCUGUCGGCAUUUUAGAAGCAGAGUUAUUUUAAGAGAUGCUGUGGGUGUUUCUUUCUAAACACUUUCAAAACCUCCUCUAGAAAUGAAAAUGUGGAAAGGCAGAAAAGGAGCUAUUUAAACGUAACUCUGUUCAUUUUUUGGGAGAUUCAGUUUGCAGACGACAUACUGCUACCUUCACUGCCCCAUGUAAGCCAGACUUCCACUUUUGUUGCUUUAAUUCACAAUCAGAAAAAAAGUUUUUAUUCCUUUUAAAUGUAAUUUAUUGAUGUAAUAUACUGUUUUUAAUCUAUGGGAUUCCAAUACAAUAGAGGAACAAAUUGAGGCUUUUUGACACAUGUAUAAGCUGAUUACUUGUUAUUUUGUGACGAAUUUAGAUUUUUGGGUUUGGGAUAAAUUUUCUUGCACACAGCAUUUUAAAAAUGAAAAUGAGGCCUUGCCAUAAAGCUUUAUUUCGAUUUUCUAUCCUUAUCAGUUUCGAAACAGAAUUUCUUCUUUAAGGUGAUGCAAAUGAAUGUAAUAUUUUUGAAAGGUUGCAUCUGACCUUAUUUAAAGAUCUGUUAUAAACCUUUUCCUAAUAUGUAUGAUCAUGCCAUAUCAUAAAGACUGACCUACUGUAUUGAGUAGCGUCAUUCUAAACCUUUUAAUUGAUCUCUAGUCUUCCUUUAAUGGACUAGGAGAAUAAAAUUAAGUGGAUAAUGGUUUCAUAAGAUUUUUGUUCCUUUGGUGAUGAUCUUCCUCAAGGACACUAAAAUGCAUUCUCCAUUUUUAUUUCUGCGUCUUGUUCUGGGCCAUCUAUACACCGAAUCAUUCCCUUUGCUACACAGAGUGACCAGACUUGAGAAUUUCACUCUUUGACAACCAUCAUUUGCCAGACAUGACUUUACCUCUCCAUAAACAGAUGGUACAAUUUUGGGUGUGGGAGGAGGAAAUUGAAUCAUCGGAGAACAUUUGGUCUUUAUAAACACCUGCAAAUCUUGCUCAUAUCUUUUCUUUCUCUUGUUCUGACAGGUGUGUGAAGGUAGUAGAUGUUUUCUAAUCUACAUUUUAAAUAGUUGAACUUUCAAAGCCACUGAAAAGCUCAUCGUGUAAAUAAUGUAUAAAUGCUAAAAAAAAAAAAAAAAAGCAAAAAUCGCAUCUGAGCCUUUCUGCCCCAAGACCAAACUAAUGUCUGAAGGGUAUAGAUGAUUCUACCAGGGUCUUGACGACUGAUCCUUGUGUUUGUAUAUUGGCUUAUUGCAAUUUUACUGUCAAUCCUGUGUGAGGACUAAUAUGAUAGACUUUUAUUAUUCCUUCAAGUAAACCGUUUUAUUUCACUGUUCUCAAAUCAGUUGUUCACACCCUAGCUGCCAUCAACACUGUGUCCCGAUGAACCUGUCAAACAUGAACAAAAAAAAUUUUUAUUUAAUAAUAUUAGCUUUUGUGUUGCUCUCAUCGACUGAAAUUCAGUUUAAUAAUGGUUUGGGAUUGCUCAUCAUUGUAUUUUUUAAAAACUGUAGUUUGAGGAAAAAAAAUAAGUUGGUUUUCUGUAACCGAUGGGAUAAUGGGAUUCACUACAUUUUUACUUUUUCAAAGCAGAAGAGUUUGAUUUCUUUUGUUGUUUUCUUGUCUUGAUUUAUUGUUGGGGAGGAUAUUCUUUUGUUUUGGUUUUUUGCUAAAGGGGAGGGUGGGACUAAAGGUCUGUAACUAGUGAAUUUGUACAACCAAAGAAGUCUAUUUUGUGGUUCAGGAAUAAUAAAGUUUACUUUUCAUUUAACAA